CGCCACUCCGCACCCCUCCCCGUUACCCGUUACCCGUCACCUAUUCCGCCGCGACUUACGCCGUCGAUCCCAGUUGAGCACGCUUCAUACCUCAUCCACCCGAAUUGCCAAGAGGCGGUUGGUCGCACUGCCCCAUCGAAUAUUCCUUUGGCACAUGGCAGUGAUCCCGUCCAGAUCGCGGGAUUGAUGGCUGGCGGUGAGUUCGGGUGGCUGGUGUCGGACGCGUCUGCGCCACGAUUUGUUGGGGACGAUGCAGGACAUGUGUGUUGGGCGAGGUCCGAGCGCGAAAGUUUGGGAAUGGCAAAUCCGACAAGUUAUCUUGAAGAGUUCAUGGAGAGGCCAAUUGGAGCUGUUCAACGACUGUAUGAUGGGGCGAAGCAUGUGGAAAACUUCCCGCAGUUCAAGGGCAUGAUUCGCCUCCUUGAUCACCUCAUCCCCCGACGUUCUCGAAUACGGUCCCUCGCAUUAAUGAUCCUACCAGACGCCGCUACCCGUCCAUUCUGCGUUUCAGAGCCAACCUUUGAAGCCUUUUCCCAGCUUUCUUGGUUACCGCGCAUCCAGAGCACUCCAACCACCAGCCAUCCCUUGCGCGCGCGUACGACCAGACCACCAGACCAGCCACUCCACCACCGAAAGGCUUACCGAGACUAAGCAUCAAGGCUGUCCCAAUCGCAAGAGGCUGGUACAGCCAUGGAGGGCGAAGAGUACAUAAGAUUUCGGCUUUAAGCUUUCAGCAACCAACAAACAAUCUCAGUGCA